CCGCCGGGAACACACGUCCGUACGGCUCUACGCCGCAACUACACGCGCGCGUUUCGAAUACCGGUUCGCAAGUGACCACUUUGUGAGUGACUCCCAGUGAAACUCAGUGUACAGUGCUGUGAUGGAUUGCAAAUCCCGUACUUGCUGACCUACGGCCUAGGCCGGCCUGCGAUACAUGCUCCGGCGCCGCUGGCCCGGUCGCGCCAGUAUGCGCGCCCCUGCGGUGCUGCUCGCCCUGCUAGGGUUUCUACCCCAGGUGCUGACGUCUGGUUUCUUCGAACUUAGGAUAAAAAGUUUUACUAACCCAAUGGGUAGGUUAAGUAGUGGCCAGUGCUGUGAUGGUUCCUCAAGUAGUAGUGAUGCGCCCUGCCUGGCGCCGUGCAGGACUAAAUUCCGCGUGUGCCUCAAGAUUUACCAAGCGAAUAUCGAUACGACAUCACCUUGUACCUUCGGUGAUAUUACGACACCAGUGCUCGGAGGAAACUCUUUGGAUGUGCCCAACCUUAAUGUGAAAGGAUUCACCAAUCCCAUCGUGUUCCCGUUCGACUUUACGUGGCCGGGCACUUUCUCGCUCAUAGUCGAAGCGUGGCACGACACCAACGAGACGUCGAGAUCUGACGACACACUAAUCGGGCGCAUGACGAAGCAGAGCAUAGCGGACGUGGGGGGGCCCUGGGUGGAGGAGGAGCAGCGCUGGAGCCCGGGCCCGCACCUGCGGCUGUCGUACCGCGUCACGUGCGCCGAGCAUUACUACGGCUCGGGCUGCGAGGUGCUGUGCCGGCCGCGCGACGACGGCUUCGGCCACUACAGUUGCUCGCCCAGCGGCGCCAUCGUCUGCCUCCCGGGCUGGCAGGGGGAAUAUUGCCAGAAACCGCGCUGCCUGCCCGGCUGCGACACGGACCACGGCCACUGCCUCAAGCCCGACGAGUGCAUUUGCCACUCGGGCUGGGUGGGCGAGCUGUGCGACCAGUGCGAACGGCACCCCGGCUGCGUGCACGGCACCUGUUCCAAGCCGUGGGGCUGCGACUGCGAAGAGGGAUGGGGUGGCCUGUUCUGCAACCAAGACCUCAACUACUGCACCAACCAUCGACCGUGCCGUAACGGAGGCACGUGCCACAACACCGGCCAAGGCAGCUACACCUGCGCAUGCCCGCCCGAGUACACCGGCCCCGACUGCGAGAAAUCUCUACACUCGUGCGCCGUGCGGCCCUGCCUCAACGGCGGGGCCUGCGUGCCAGACGAGGGCGGCGAAUUGGCGUGCGCGUGCCCGGCGGGUUACGAGGGCGCGCGCUGCGAAACUCGCCGACUGACCUGCGCUGACCGCCCGUGCCGACACGGCGGCACCUGCGAGCCCCGCGUCACCGGCUACACCUGCCUGUGCCCGCCCGGCUACGCCGGCGCCGACUGCGAUCUGGAAGCCGACCCUUGCGCUGCGGCGCCAUGUCGUAACGGAGCCACCUGCACGCGCGCCGGUGACGGCUUUCGCUGCUCCUGUCGUGCCGGUUUCCGCGGCAACCGUUGCGAGAUCGACAUCGACGACUGCGCGGGCGUUACCUGCGAGCACGGCGGUACCUGUGUGGAUUUAGUAGAUGGGCAACGCUGCCAGUGCGCUCCUGGAUUUUUAGGCCCACGAUGUGAAACUCGAGUCGACCUUUGCUUAGCUAAACCUUGUGCGAAUGGCGGGGAAUGCCUCGUGCUUGACAAUGAUUACGAAUGCCGGUGCCGGCCCGGCUUCACCGGAAAGGACUGCAGUGUAGACAUAGACGAGUGCGAGUCGUCACCUUGCCAGAACGGAGGUACCUGCCGCGACCGCGUAGACGGAUUCCUCUGCUUGUGUGCGCCCGGCUGGAGCGGUCGCGCCUGCGCCGUCUCCCUGGCAGACCUAGUGGCGGGUGUGAACAUGCCGCGAGUAGGCGGAGAGACUCCAGAACAAGACACGCUAUCGGGGCGGCACGUGGCUCUGAUCGCGGCGCUAUCGGCGGCGGUGCCGGCGGCUGCGCUGGCGGCGGCGGUGGCCGUGGCGUGCAUACGAAGGAGACGCAAGCGCGCACAGCACGCGGCGGACGCGGAGGCGCGCGCGCAGAACGCCGCGAACGCGGGCGGCGGCGGGCGCGUGAUCCGCAACACGUGGGGCAAGUGCGACGUGCCGGCGCCCGAGUGCCAGAACGCGCACAACGCGGCGGCGGAGGAGUGCAAGCGCAAGACGCUCAACACGGAGAGCGCGGCGCGGCUGCUGGCCGCGCUAGACCCGCGCCUCUCGCGGCUGUCGCAGGACUCCGCGUAUUGCGCCAAUAGUGAUACGUCGCUAGUGAAGCGGGCGCUCGAAGGCGGAGGGGUGUACGUAUUGGACGAUCAUUGCCUACCGCCGACGUUUGCGACGCAAGUGUAGUGCAGUGCAGACAUUAACUUAUUUAUUGGACGCUAACGCGAACUUGGCUGUGCGCCGCGUGUAUAUAUAGCGUAAAGUGUAAAGUGACAUCUGUAUAAACGGCUAGAUUAAGAUCCGAUGUAUUUAUUUGUGCGAUCCGUGAGCCCUGUAAAUAGUAACGGCGGAGCGGAUCGUUUUUCCGCCUCAUAUCGUCGCGCGUCGCCCGAACGCGCUUUCGAUCUCUUGGCUAGUAAAGAACUACUGUUUGAUACGGCGCAGACUUGCCUGCCGCUCGGGCUGCUCGGCUGCCUCGAGGCAAGGCUGCGCCGGGCGCGGCGCGGGCGAGGACCGCGCGCGGCGAGAGGCCGGGUGGCGCGACCACCGUCUGCGAUCUCUGUAGGUAACCGGUGCGAAGCGCGCUCGGGCAGUGUCGGUCCACUGCGCGAACGCGCCGCUCCAGAAACGAUACUGAUUCCUAAAUUAACCCUAUUUAUUCAUGUCACUAUCACGACGAUUGACGAUUAACGCUUUUGGACGUUAACGCGCACGUGUCCCGAGACCACGAAGGUAGGCUGUGAACUUUUCACGUUGCUGCCAAAUUAUGCUCUCCGUAUCGCUUCUCCGAGCUUCUCACCAUUUCUAAACUCCCUCUCUAGACUCGCACCAGUAUAGAAGCCAAAACGUGCGUAAAAUAAGAUUUUAGACUAAUUUAUAAAAAAAGAACGCGAAUCACGCGUUAAUCAGUUUUAUACAUAUAUUAUUUUGUGAUUGACUAAUUAUUGUCAUAUGUUCCUAUAAUUAUGAUGAUUGAUAGUUAUUUCUGAUUUAAAAAUCUUGUUCCGGUUUUCAUUAAAAUCGACAUAGAUUUUUUUCACGUUGUUUCGCUUCCUAGCUGAAGUACAGUAGCACGAAGCCCGUGCCCGCGCCCGGGGACGCCGGCGCCGCCUCGCGCUCGCCGGAGCCGCGCGAGCGCCCCCGGGCCCGUCCGAUGCCAACAAACAAACAUCACGCACGUAAUUAGUCCAUAGGUUAAAAUAACUUGAGUACUUAUAAGAACAAAAUGUCGAAACCUAAGUCAUUGUGUAUAGAAACUAUUAAGUUUUAGUAAUUUAAGUAUAUUCUCCAUUACUUUUGUAAGAGUACUGUGACAAUAUGGUGGUGAUCAGGCAACAUAGGACGACCUAGGGCCGGUUAUUUAUUGGCUCGGCGCGCGGCUGCCCCCACGGGCUGCGGUGCGCCGACCCCAUUAGAAUUGAAAUUGUCUUUUCAAAAGGUACUUAUUUUUCUAUGGAUUCCGUACAGAAAUAAGUCCUCCUAAAAAGACACUCCUCUAUUACGUAUUUUAUGAAAUCUUAUCACACUCAAUUAAGUACCAUUUCCCGAGCAGAUGUAGAUAUUAUUUAGUAAGGAGAUUUGUUACCUCUUAUGUUGCCUUUUCGACUCGAGUGUAGAUUUAAAAGGUUAGAUCGACAAAAUUGUAAAAUUUAUAUCAAACUAUGAAUAGACUGAUGAUCAAUAAUAAUGUUCUUGUAUUUAAUUUUGUAAGAUGACAAAAUGUAAGUUUAAAUUAUGUGAAAAUAUAACAUAUUACCCGAACAAUUGUACUAAAAUAGUAUCAUAAUUUUGUACUUAAAAUUGAUCAUGGUAACAUGUCACUUUCAUUUUUCUUUUUGAUGUUAUUUUAUGAAUAAUGUUUCAAACCAAUAAAAUUACAGUAUUUUAAAUUAUUAUUUAUUACAAUUUACAAUUAUUGUGGAUAUGCUUAAAUUUUAUUAAACAUCUUAUUUAAUUAUUAUUUUUGAACACGUUUACAAUUGACUGAAGAUAAAUUUGCUUCUUGAUUUCUAUUUUGGACCUAGUUUUUAUCGGGAAGAUAUUUAGAAAAUAAAAGUUUGUGAGUAUACUGAAAGAUAAAAAGAUUAAAUCAUUCCAUUUCUUAUUUAAGUAGCUUUAUCUCUAAUAUCUUGUUGAAAUUUCGCUAUUUUCUUAGGCUGUGUAUUUUGCAUGUGUACUUGUGAAACCGUCUUGAUGUUUAGUCCCAGGCGGACAAUUUCUUCUUUCCUGUCUUACCUUUGAGUAUAUUCACAUGGCGCAAUUCUGAAAGAAAAAUGAAAGCAGUCCUAGCAAUAGGACAUGAAUUAAUUCCAUAAAUAGAUCCUAUCAGAAUAAAAGUCAUUAUAUUGCUACUACGGUGAUAAAUUUGCCAGCGAGUGUUUGCGAUGAAUGUGUAUAUGUGGAGUGAUACAAUGAAAAAUAAAAUGUUAAUAAACAAUUGUUUACAAAAGAUUAAAA